GAAGUGACCCGCUGUGUUCGCGCAUCACUCACAAGCGAGCGGCAGCCGGCGGCGGAAGUGGAUAAACUGCAGCGGCAAGUGACAAACGAGCUGAUGGAUACGAAAGAGGCUACAGUAUCAACUGAUGGCCCUGAAGCAGCCAAUACAGGGGACAGAGACUUGAAGAAUUUCCCCCACGGAAAUGGUGAGCCAUUACGUACCCAUGACCAUACAGCUACUGAAAGAAAAGUCCAUACUACAUCAACAGAGGAAGAAACAGGUAUCAGUAAAAAAUCUGAAACAUUUGUAUCAUAUGAUAGUGAUUCUGAUGAUUCUGCCACAACAUGUAAGAGGGCUAGAUUUGAUGUGAAUUUGGCAAAUGAGCUUGAAUGUUCAAGUGAAACUGUUAAGGAAUCCAGUGCCAUGAAUUAUGUGAAAUACAGUGGAAUGACAGUCUCAGAGGGUGAAGAACAACCUAAAAAUAAAGUAACUCCUAAAGGCGUAGAAAUAAUAUAUGAUUUGAGUGAUGUAGACAGUGAAAUAAUGUUUCAUACAGAAUCACCAUCAGCAUCUGCUAUGAGCACAUCUUCAACAGAAAAUACACUGGAAGCUCAAAUUACUGAGACAAAUGAGGAAAUUGUAAAAAGAUUUGAACAGGUUCUGGUAUCAAAGGGACUGAUCCCAGAUGGUGCAAUUAACUGGCAAGCUGUUGCAGAACAAAUUACUGAUGAAGAAAUUGGUGGCUUAACUGCAAAAGAAUUAGAAGAUUUUUUUCUUGACAAAAUUUGUAAAAUUUUUCAAAUCUCUAGUUAUCCUAAAGACUUAGCCAUUGCUCAUUUCAAAGACAUAAAGCUUACUAAGAUGAUGGAUAAUAUUAAAAGUGAAACUUCAGAUACUCAGAAUCGAGUAAAUAGAGUGCAGAAAUUCAUAGAUGAUCACAAUCUUGCAUUAAGAGCCAGAGAGGCCAGCAAGUCAGAACAGCAAAUACCAUCUACAGCUGGAAUGUCAAGUGGGCAGGAGACUAGGAAAGAGGGAGCCCAUUAUAAGACAUCAACUACACUUGUUCAUGACAAGAGUACCUCAGUAGAACACAUAAAUGAAAUUAAGGGAAAUACAUUGCCAGUAAGAGAAACAAAGUCAGGUAUGGUUCCCACACAAGGUGCUCUGUACUCGUUCCAUGCAUCAUUGGAAGCUAAUACUGAGGAAAGUGCUAACAGUCUUCUUGGUAAGAGUGGGGAGAAUACUCCAGUACUGCCUAAACCAAUGAGCAAUGCAAAGACAUUGGUGUCUCAAAAGCAGCAAAAUCAAUUAGCCAGGGAAAAAAUUAAUACAUUGCCAGUAAGAGAAACAAAGUCAGGGAUAAUUCCCACACAAAGAGCCAUGUGCUUAUUCCAUGCAUCGUUGGCAGCUAAUACGAAGGAAAGUGCAAACAAUGUUUGUGUUAAAUGUGGUGAGAAUACUCCAGUACUGCCUAAACCAGUGAGCAGUGACAAAGCAUUGAUGUCUCAGAAGCAGAAAAAUCAAUUGGCUGGGAAAAUAUUUAAUACUGCCUCUCAAACUGGGCAAAGAACAAAGAUGUUCCCUGUUCAUCAAGCACCAAAGUCAAACCCUUGCAAAAAUAAUACAAAUACAUGCAUUGAAGUAAUUGAUCUUACAGAAGAUGAUGAUGAUGAUGAACAGUUUACAAAAUCUGCUACAAGUACUAGCUCAGUUGCAGAAACUAUGGCUACAACAAGUAAAGCAACUGGGUCAACUUUGGCUCCUAAUACUUCAGUUGGCAAAAUUAAAGCAUCAGGAAGUACUGCUAAACCAGUACCUGCUAAUCCAGUUAUGGAUACUACCUCAGUUACAAAAUAUAUAGCUUUAACAAGAAAGGUAUCAGGUACCAGGACAACUUUGGCUCCUAGUACUUCAGUUGAAAAACAAAAAAUAGAAAUAAAACUACCAGGAACUACUACAAAGCCAGCACAUUCUAACCUAGUUACAGGUACCAGCUCAGUUACAAAAAAUAUACCUUCAACAAGUAAAGCAAUGGGUUCUAGGGCAACUUUGGCUACUAAUACUUCAGGUGGAAUGCGUGGUAAAAGGAUUCAAGGAUCAAGAAGUACUGUCAAGCCAGCACCUGCUACCACAGUCCAAAUUAAUGCAGAAUCAGGUGGAUCAUCAGCAGGUACUUCUACAAAUGUGGCACCUAAUAGUGAAACUGUAAAACCAGAACCUCAGCUUGGAGUAUCUGCAAUAAUUGUACUGUCUGCAAAUGGAAAAAAGACAAACAUUUUUCUUGUUCCACAGUCAGCUGGCUCUAUACCAUUAUUGACUCUUGGUACACAAAACAAUGUAGUUAUGACAGUGGAAGACAUAAAUCCACAGCAAAACCAAGAAGAACAUAACAAUUAAUCAUCAGAGACUGACACAGAUCAGUCUCAUUAGAUGGAACAAAAAAUGAAAUUUGUUGUUACAUCAUACAUGAAUUAAUAUCAAAACUAUUGAAAAUGUGUUGUUGAUGAGUGAGAGGACUGUAUUUUUAUUGUCAGAUUUUGUGUGUUAAGAUAACACAGCUAAUAGUGAAUGUGCUCACUGUAAAAUAAAUUUUAUACAAAAAUAUAAUUUGUGCUGUCAAGUAUAACUUUCGUAAAAUAUUUUGUGAAUGUAAAUAAAGACUGAACAUAUGAUGUGUUUUCUGGAAAGUAAAAAUUUUAAACUUGUCACCAUAAUUUUCAACAAUGUAGUAACUAGUGUGGAAUGAUAACAUAUGAAACAGACAUUUGUUCUGUGAUUUAACCAUCUUAUUGUUAAUGCAGUGGCAGACCAUCUAUCACAAACUGAGUGGGGAGGCACGGUAGUGACAAACUGGAAACAUGCAGGGUAGGCGAUAGCUUGAAACACUGAUCCAGCUAUCCUAAUUGAGAGUUAUCAUGUUUUCCCUAAAUCUCUGGAGGUUAUUUUUGGGAUGGUUCCUUCAAGAAAUAUCUAAUAAUAACUGCACAAUAUGCACAAACCUCAGUAAACAAUAUGAUAAGGAGAGUAUUUGUUGUUAUAGUGAUUCAAAACUAGGCACAGAAACCAGUGUGAAAAUGAUAUAUUAUAGCCUGAGAUCAUGUGACAUCAGCCUCAUAAUGUGGUAGCAGUAAUAAAUUUGAACAAGCUGUGAAAGGUUUGUUAUGUAUUAAAUGCAAAAUGGUACAGUGCUGUUGGUGUGUUGAUGCUAAUUCAAAUCAGAGAAUAUGGCUAUGAUGUAAGUGCAGUGAGGAAGAAUUAAGCCUAAAGAUUGACACAAAUGAACUUACUUCUUAGUUGCUUGGUGAGAUUUCAAGCUCAAAAUACAUAUUGUAAUAAAAAAAACUAAUUCUUAAAUGUAGAAAUUAUGAGUCAAAAGAAACGUGAUCAAUUUGCAAGAGGAAACACACAGAUCCUCCAUGUUUCUAUAAAUAAAUGUUGAGAAGCCAGAGAAAAAAAGGAAGUUUUAAAAUUGUAAAAGUUUUGUUACACUAUAUAUGGACUAAUAUCAAAACUAUUGAAAAUGUUUUGUUGAUGAGUGUACAGGAAUGUAUUUUUAUUGUCAGACUUGUGUGUUAAGAUAAGUCAUGUACAAGU